CGCCGGGAAACGUAGUCCCGCCCGAGGCGGUGGCCUCACGUCCCGCGGACCCAGUGGCCGAGCCGGCGUGGACCCGGGAUGGCUGGGCCGGGGGGUUCGGGGGGCCCGAUCGGAGCCGGGGCCCUGGCAGGCAGCGCACGGUCCAAGGUAGCUCCGAGCGUGGACUUUGACCACAGCUGCUCGGACAGUGUUGAGUACCUGACACUCAACUUCGGGCCCUUCGAGACAGUGCAUCGUUGGCGGCGCCUCCCGCCCUGCGACGAGUUCGUGGGGGCCCGGCGCAGCAAGCACACAGUGGUGGCCUAUAAAGAUGCCAUUUAUGUAUUUGGUGGAGACAAUGGGAAGACCAUGCUCAACGAUCUCCUGCGGUUUGAUGUGAAGGAUUGCUCCUGGUGUAGGGCCUUCACCACAGGCACCCCACCAGCCCCCCGCUACCACCACUCAGCCGUUGUCUACGGGAGCAGCAUGUUUGUAUUUGGGGGCUACACUGGGGACAUUUAUUCCAAUUCUAACUUGAAGAAUAAAAACGACCUCUUUGAAUAUAAGUUUGCAACUGGCCAGUGGACAGAGUGGAAAAUUGAAGGACGGUGAGAGACUUUGCUGAAGCCUUUCAGGGUUGAUCCAGUGGCUACCGCAUUGGGUCCGUGGUGGCAGCCGGCCUGGGAUGUGGCCCCUAUAGCAUUACAGAAGAAGAGCCUGAGACUCAGAGAGGCCUGAGUUCUGCUCAUUCCCAGCUGUGCCUGUUUGAGGCCCUUGCCCUGUUCUUA